UUGUAUCCCGUUAUUAUUAUUUGUACUUCUGUCAUGUUUUAUAGAUUUGGUUGGAUCAUUGUGCAUUGAAUUUUAAUUAAAAUUUUGUUGAGCAAUUGAACUUUAUUUUAUAUGUUUUCAUAUGAGGUAUUGUUUAGAAAUGUUACGAGGUAUUUUUGGGGUUGUUAUAAGGUCCAAAGUUUUUCUAUGUUGUCGGAAAAAAUUUGGCCCAGGGUUUUGGCUUCAUUCCUGGCUCUGCCACUGCUGACCUCUGCGAGGAGGAUCUAGCCUGGUGGAGGAGGGCGUGGGGAGGGGGAGGACAGCCACGGGACUGCUCGCCGGUGCCAUGGACUGCUCGAUACUUAUGGGGUAGUGAAUCGAGCAAUACUGCUCACAGUUUCUCGUGUUGGGCAUCUAAAUCGAGAGACGGUGCUCACAGUUUCUCAUGCUGGGCUUCUGAGUCAGAGCUCGCGGAGGAGAGAUGAGGCGGUCAGAGUUCUUCAUCCUCGACUCCGACGACUUGUGGCUGAGUGAGUCGGUGUGGAAAAGGUAGAGGAGGUGGCAAGAAGGUAGGGGCUGCUGUGAGGGCGAGCACGCCUGCCAUCGGCAACCAGGAGGCUGAAGAGGGAUGUGGUGUGGCCGCUUGGAGGGUGAGUGCGCUUAUAAAGGUUUGGGUGGUGACUGUGGCUGCCGGCAGUGAAGUCCACUGACUUGCUAUCGUUUGGCGUGGGAUCACUAACCUAUGUGCCAGAUUGCCUGUGGGGCGACAUGUCAGCCACCCACGUCAGGGAAGCAAUAUUGCAGAGAAGCCUCGUCCGCGGUGGAGGGAGGAGGAGGGGCAUUACGGGUUGGGUUGUUCACGCAAUCGAAGAAAGACAUGACUAGUGGGUCUCACAUGUAUGUGAGGGAAACAAAGAAAGAGGAUGAUGGGCUAGAUGUUUUGGGGGCAAAAGGAUCACCAGUGGGUCUCACACGUGAAAGUCCUUUCACAUGUCAUUUAACACUGUUAUGCGGAUUUUUUUUGAUGGAAGUGUUAGAUUUGUAAUGAAACUAGUUAGCUGCCCAUGCGUUGCUACGGAAAUAAAUUAUACUCCCUUCGUCCCAUAUUAAGUGCACUCAAACAAUGUUUGGUUUCAAAGUGUGCACACACGCUGAUUUAAAUUGUGUCGUGUUAUUUCCCGCCGAACAUGCUAAGUCGCCGCACGUGUUAUUCUUUCUUCCUACCUCACUCAUCUCGGCCCAUCACCCAAUUUUGCUCCACUUCACUUCUCUCCGCCAUAGCACACAGUGUUUCAUCACAUUCAAAACAUCCUAUUUCUGAUAGCUACUACAUCUGUAAACAAAUAUAAGUCGUUUUAGAGACUUGACGGAGGGAGUAGUUUCUAUCAAACUAGGUAAUUCCCCCGCACGUUGCUGCGGGAAUUCUUAGUCCUACGCACGUGGUAAUGCAUAAAUAGAAUAACUUUGUUUGAAUAAGAUGGAUAUAUGAUCUUAAGAUGAUUUUUUCUGGAAUGGACAUAAUACUUGCAGUAUAAUUAUAAAGAUAGCAAAUGUAGUGUUAUGGCAUAAGUAAUCUCAUAUCAUUUACAUUAAUAAUAUUGUAUAUAAACACUCUAAGAGCCGGAUUCUCAAAUGGAGAUGCGAUGAAAGGUAUGUACAAAUUCCCAUUACUUAAUGUGUAUUGUAUGUGGAUCCUGUUGUAAAUAUCUUCUGCAUGUUACUCCCUUCGUUCCUAAAUAUUUGUCUUUCUAGAGAUUUUGACAAGUGACUAUAUACGGAGCAAAAUGAGUGAAUCUACACUCUAAAAUAUGUCCAUUUGAGUCUCUAAAAAGACAAAUAUUUAGGAACGGAGGGAGUAUUACAUAAGUUCUACAGAAUAUAACCAAAUUGUUCAUAAAUAAAAGCAAGUGUAAAAAUAGGGUGUGUUGCAACAUAUAGUUGUAUCUACUAAUAAACUGGAAACAUUAGUUUGUUCUUGUGUUCGUUAACAUCUCUGGUAGCUUAUAUAAUAAUUAGUGUGAACACCUACGAACAUAUUCCUCUUUCCAAAUGAGAAGGGUAUGUUCUGAGGCGAAGCUAAUGCAGAUAGUAGUAGCGGAUGCUUGACAUGAAGGGAUGAUACCGUACUCAGGCUUCAUCUUGCUAAUCAUAAUAUGAAAUCUCUACAAAAUAUUAGAAUGGGCUAAUGAGUCUGGGCAUUAUAUGCAAGCUAUACAAAAUUCUUAUAGAUCAUACACUGAGAUUGGACAGAGAUUAGUAACAUUGUGCAUGUAGAAUAUAAGUAAAUAAGAUGGAACUUCACAAUUGACAGAAGCAACGAAUAUUUUGAGGAGAGAUCCAAUUAAUAUUGCAGCUGAAAGAAAAUAGAAGGUGCCUGCAAGAAAUGACGAUGUAGGUGGAAGCAACGUAUCAAUCCCCUGCUACUUGAGCAGGAAAAAUAAGGUACCUAUGUACGUAUACAUGGAGGUAAGAGGGCAGAGGGAAUUGCAAGCUUUCCCUUUUUAAUAAAGUGUCUAAGGCAUUAAGACAAUCAGCAAGAGCACCAUCGAAAACUAGAAAGUGCACUGGAAUAGCACCACUUGAGCUAUCAAAUGUUUAAUAGAAGAAAUUAAUUGCACAGCUGCUAGUUUGAUUCACGUCGUUAAAGCUUGUGUUAAGCAAUUCAGUAAGCAUCUCCCAACAAAGCAGUAGGAGCAGUAAAGGAGCAGAGAUACUGAAUUAACUUAAAAGGUGGGUUCCUCCAGAAACAAUGACAUAAACUUAAUCUGCAGAAGAAAUACUAUGCCUGAAAACUAUAGAUGUUCUAGGACUAAAGGUGCCAAUGGCCAUGGGAAAUAAAUAGCAGGAAUUCCAGCGCUUUAAGCAUGGAACAAACAGAAUAAUAAAUGCAUGAAUAGUAAGGAAAAUCGGGUGAGUAUGAAAGAACAAAGUAAAGGCACAUGAACUUCAUCUUGGCAAGGUGAUGAUUCAUGGUAUGUGCCAUGGAGAUGGAUCCAAAAUCACAAUUUCUUGGCUGCAAAUAUAUGGGCAUGAAGUCAGGUAUACUAUUUAAUAACUUUUUUGUUGAAAGAAAAGGCAGAGCAGUUUCUGCCUUAGGCAUUUCAAAACAUGUAUGAAACCUGAGUGACCGAUUUCAAUUACAUGAAGGUAAUGUUAACACUGCACGGAAAGUGCAGCUGGCCAUUACCAAGCUGUGUUAAGCUAGAAACAGAGGAGGAGAAAGAGAUAAGAGGCACAGGUUAUUUAUUAAUAACUUUAUUAACAGGUUAACUGAACCUUGGUCCUGUGACUUACGCCCUGGCUGUUGGGAGCAGUGUCUAAAAUAUGUUUUUCUACUUGAUUAGAUUAAUUACUUGGUAGCUGAUUUUGUACCUACAAUAUGCAAGAUCGAGUUAAUUAGGCUGAUCCCAACUGCAAAGAGUCCUGUUCUUCCUCGCCCAAUGCAAGCCACGCCUACCGGCUCGCCAGCUCCACGCCAGAGCAAAGGGAGGACUGAAGGGGCUUCACGACGGGAAGCAGCAAGGUUCAUGUUGCCUUGCGAUGGAGCGGAGUGGAGUAUGGAGGGCGGCCUCAGACGAGUGAAGCCGAUGUGGACGGUCAGAGGAGCCCGGCUAGGCGAAGCCAAUGUGGGGCACCGGUGAGGCGCUGCAGGUGCCCGGUGACACCUUUCUCUUCUCUUUUUUGAAAGGUACACCGCAGAAUUACUGGACUUCUAUUAAGGUAGUACUCCUGCAACAGUACAAUAUGCAAAGGACAACGAAGCCGCAGACGAAGAAGAAAACUUGCAGCCAACCCUGGUCACGGAGAGACACCAUCGCUUGACGCUCUGUGCACCGCAGUUGUAGUCUGCCCUUGAAGACGAAAUCUUGAGGGCGGUAAACACGCAUCGGACGGAGACACCCUCCAUGCCUCGUCGAGAUCGCGCCGGAAUACCCCACCUGAAUAGGUUGAGGUCUGAUUUCGCCGAGAUCGAGCCACAUCUUUGAGUGGUGACAUGGUAUUGCAUUGCAGAGCUGGAUUCCGAAGGCAGCGGCCGAAGAUGAGAUACGCAGACGAAGUGCUGCUUUGUUCAUUAGUGAAAAUGCGGUGGGAGCCUGGGAGGUGGAGGAUACGAUGCAUCUGGUCUUUUAGAAUGGUUCAUAUGUAUGGCAAGGAGAAGCAGUAUCGCGAUCAUGUGGAGAUCAAGCUAAUUUAUAGGGAGGGCAAAAAAAGAUGCAAGGAAGGGCAGAAGACGGCACAUUUUUUUCUUGAUCGCCUAGAUCAGUUCCCGUCUAGUCGUUUCUCAUGGAUUUGUUGAGUAUCUAUGAUGUGGGCUGCUUUAAUUGCCAGUUCGCUAGUGGGAGAAAACAAAACGACUGAAAACGAAUGGGCUGCCAUGUAUGCUAGACUAAUGGAUUGCCAGUCUGCUAGCAAAGAAAACUGAACAGGCAGAAAAACAACCACAGGACAAAAACCGAAUAGCCACUUUGUAGAGAGCUGGUGACAUGGCAGGAUAGCUGAGGUGGAUAGGUUGAUGAGGUGGAUAGCCUACACGUUAAGAGAAAUAAGAUAGUGGGGAUGAACUAUUUAGGUAUUAUAGAUACGAUAACAACUGAUAAUAUCCUAGUGCCAAGAAUCACAAGAAAAAAGGAAAAUCUAACAACUGAUACAAGGAACGACAUCUUUUUUAUAUUCAUUAGUCUACCAAUAUUCCGAUUGCCAACACAGUUUGUAGUUCUUGCAACACAUAUCAUGUUUUGUCAGUAUAUGGAUAGGCAACAGGUCUCUCCCCUUCGCUUUUGCAGUUCAAAACAUGUGGUUGGCUCUGUAGUGGUCUUGGCCUCUUGGGCAAACUGAUUAACCUUCGAAACAGAAAAUGAUAAUUUGAUGGUCAAAUUCUUUCUAGUAGAAACAGGAGGGCAUUACCUUAGCAUGUUUUAUGCGGGAACAUUACCUUGGUUUACACAAGCAAGUGGAUUAUGACCCGAGCCUCAAGUUCAUACACCAAAAUUAGCAAUCACUUAUUUAUCCUCUGUUUAAAUUAAGUUUUUCUAAAAUGUAUCAUCACAAGAAGUUAACUGGCAUAGCAGUGACGUUAAGACAUUCAAGCAAACAUAUAAAUCUCUAAUGAUCAGUAAGAGAAGUACAAAAUCAUUGCAUAGGUCACGAAGAGCAUGUUGAGAACAUAUCACAUUAUAGAGUGAGCCAGUACAAGAUACCCAAUCUUUCUCUAAAUAAAGGAAGCUAGAGCUCUGUAUCUUUGCAAACUAAUAACAUACCUUUGACUGCCUAGAUAAGAGAUACUUAGUUUAAGUUUUCUUAAUAUAAUCAAGAAGUGAAGAUACUGGAGAGCUGCAUCUGCGAUUCUCUAUCCCUAUGGAACUACUACACCGCAAGAUGAUUAGACUGCAGACAAAAUUCUGGCAUGCAGAGAGUUUAACUAUCGGGCAUUGCAUGAUAAUACGGGUCUGAACCCGAGGGCAGUCAGACAUGCAUCUGCAUAUUGCAUAUAUGCACAAUCUGAUGUCAACGAAAGCAAUGAACAUAGAGCAACAUAAUAUAUAACUGACAUAGAAGUAACACUUUAUCGGUAAUGGAGGAAUGCAGUAUUAACCAGACAACACUUUAGCCACAACAUCUUGCAAUACUAAUCAGUUACCUAUAUAUGUCGUCGGCGAAAAUAAUACAAAAGGCAUACGGCACAACUACAUUAUGGCACAUAAUGCAUGAGGUAAACACUAAUUUAGUAAUUACUCUCUCUGUAGGCCAUAGGCCAACAAUCAUGAAUGGCGAUAGAGCUGUAGUUCUUGGCUGCUUGCAAUGAACUUAUAUCAGGUAUUGGCAGAGCAUGGAUACACGAUAGAUAGAACUUCCCGAAGUGCGUUACUUGUGUUAGAAAUUUGAACACAGACCACCCAAAUACUGGCAAUAAAGCAGCAGCUCUAAACUAUUGGAAACGCUUGUUCACAAAAGUUUGGAGCUCACCAUGUCAAGCAUACAAGCUUCCUCUGAACGUAUUGUCCAAAUUUGCAGUUCUAUUAUUCAGAACUUUAUCUACAUGCAACUUAUUGUGUUUCCCUGACUCUAGCCCAUGUAGCAAUGAGCUGUACUUCUCUACUGGAGCACAUUGUGUUUCCCUGACUCUAGCCCAUUUAGCAAUGAGCUGUACUUCUCUACUGGAGCACAGAACAACGAUAACCAAUAGUUGCAGAAGAGAACUUGAUGAUCUAUUGUGAAUUUGUGAUCCCAAUUCUGAUCAUAGGCAAGACAAAUUAUAGAAUGUAGAGAUCAUGCUGAUGUCCGACAUGUAACCGUAGAUGAGUAUCCGCUUGUCGACUUCAUUGCAGUAAGAAAGAAGGCAAACAAGGUUGGCAUGCCAGAGCCUGGCCAUCACCUCUACUUCUUUUGCGAAAUCAGUUUUGCAUUUCCUUGUUAGAGCUGACUGCCUAAGCCUUUUCAAGUAACCGUUCUUACUGAUUGUACAAUUAUAAAGCUAUUGAUUAGCCUAUCCAUCUCUAAAAAGAGGUGCUUAAACUCCUACAAACCGAAAUUGAUCAAAUAAGCAAAUCACAUAUGCAAUCUUGGGGAUGAAAUAUAUGUGUGCAUACCUCCCGGCAAGAAUUGCCGCGACGAAGCAUGGAGGCAGAGCGCGGCAGCAGCGGCGCGUCAAUCGUCACCAAGGAAGCAACACUGAUACUCGGCUGUGCGGAAAGACGCUGUGCCGAUGUGAUUGUGCAUAUCCCUGGAACCUGAGAGCUGAGGUGGGGGCGUCCUCGUUACAUUUAUGUGUACAGUUCAGAGCUUGCACUACUCGUCUGAAUAACAUCGGAUACUCCUAGUCCGCAUUGGAUGACGCCGCUGUCCGUGAGCACGCGGACGACGCAACUGACAUGAGGCUGAUGUUGGUCGGGCUCCUGUUGGCAUACACGCCGGCACCGACAGCAUUCAACACGCCACGCCAGCGGACAGCGCCAUGGAGCGCCCGCAGCCCGACUUUCUUGGCAACGGCAGCCUGGACCUCCUGCCGGGUGACCGGCACCGGCAACGAAGGCCUAAUGGUGAAAGGUCACGCUCAAUCGUGCGCGUGCGUCGAUUGUGCCAGGAGCUGGGCUCGUCCCCUUUUCUGGGCAUAGUGUUUCCAAAAGGAAAUCCAUACCAGCAGGGGUGGCAGGACGGGAGAGCAGAGGGACACUUGGAUGUGGCAGCAAGCAACCACCGCCACGGCUCCAUCUUGGCGGCCUGCACGGCAAGAUCUAGAAGCAGAGAUACGGGGGAAGGCUUGAAGUCAAAAUCCAAUUUACCGAGACCCUAAUUACAACUACUGAACUACGUAUAGAAGAGGAGGAUCCCUCGCGCAACUCAGCUCCAGCAGUCGCGCGGAUGAGAUGGGAAGGGCCGACGGCGAGGAAUUUGGGAGGGGUUCUCGAAGGCUUGUUUGUUUCGUGAGAGAAGCAGAAAUUUCCAAAGUAUCGGCUUUGUGUUUCGGGUGUCUUCUCCAAAAUUUUGUCUGAUGUGUGGGGUGUUUCUGCAAAAUGUGCUCGGGGACUACCUGCCUCAGUUUCAGCCUUACAUUCUAGAUUGGACGGUCAAUAUGGCAUAGAGGCAGACACACCAUCAUCACAAACUGCCAUUUUUAUAGGAGUAGAGAUUUAGAUCGGGCGUGAAAUAAGGAAGAAACAAUUUUUAGUGUCAAAUAAGGAAUUAAAUAUUUUGCUUGUGUCAAAUAAGGAAUUGUGUCACGAAACAAACCACACUCCUCUUUCCCCCAUGCCUUCUUGCUUCAUCUAGGUCUUGGUGCUCCGCCGGGAUAGCCACUUACCGCUGCAACGCGCUCCUCCUUUCUCCACCAUUGAAGAGGGCAGCGGAUUGGCCCACCCAAGCGGCACGCCCCUCCGCCCCCAGAUCCGCCCAAGUGAGGCGGUUGCUGGAAUGGCCAGCCAUCACCCUGCUCCUCCUUUCUCCACCAUUGAAGAGGGCAACUCAUUGGCCCACCCAAGCGGCACGUCCCUCCGUCCCUAGAUCCGCCCAAGUGAGGCGGUUGCUGGAAUGGCCAGCCAUCGCCCUGCUCCUCCUUUCUCCACCAUUGAAAAGGGCAACGGAUUGGCCCACCCAAGCGGCACGCUCCUCCGUCCCCAGAUCCGCCCAAGUGAGGCGGUUGCUGGAAUGGCCAACCAUCGCCCUGCUCCUCCUUUCUCCACCAUUGAAGAGGGCAACGGAUUGGCCCACCCAAGCGACACGCCCCUCCGUCCCCAGAUCCGCCCAAGUGAGGCGGUUGCUGGAAUGGCCAGCCAUCGCCGCAGGGCGCAACUCCUUACCCAGAUCCAUGCCGUUGAGAAGGGUGACGGACUUGCCCACCCGCAUGGCAUGUGUGUUCGUCCCCAGAUCCAGGUUGGUGAGGAGGUUGGUGCCUUCGGAAUGGCCAGCCACUGCUACAGCACACACCUCCUUUCUGAGAUCCACCCAGGCAGCGGAUUGGCCCACCCACGCGGCACGCCCCUCCGUCCUCAGAUCCACCCAAGUGAGGAGGUUGCUGGAGUGGCCAGCCACCACCGCAGCGCACGCCUCCUUUCCCAGAUCCACACCAUCGAGGAGUGUGACGAACUUGCCCACCCAUGUGGCAUGUGCGUCCGUCCCCAGAUCCAGGUUGGUGAGGAGGAUAAUGGAACAACUCGUCGUAGACGUCGACGCCACCGCGGCACCUCGUCGGAGGCACCCUCCUCCCUGCCGGACAACGACGAUAUACUCAGGGAGAUCUUUCUCCGCCUCCCCUCGGACCUGUACUCAUUCCCCCGAGCGACUGCCAUCUGCAAGCGCUGGCGAGGCCUCCUCAUCGACCCCAAGUUCCUCUGCCAGUUUUACGCACACCACCGCAAGCCGCCCCUCCUCGGCAUCUUCGAGAACUGCAGCAAGGAAGGUAUGGUGUUCACCCCCAUUCCGGCCCUAGUUGCCGACUACAUCCCUCCGGAGCGGUUCUCCCUUGGACGCCCCCGACUUACCUAUGUGCUCGACUGCCGCCACGGUCGCGUACUUAUCGAAGAUCUGGAGCAGAAAUACCUCAUUGUGUGCGACCCCAUCACAAGUGAGAAGUGUCGCGUGGCUCUUCCAUGCAAGUUCAAGUGGAGCUUUGUUGGAGCGGUGCUCUGCACAGCCGGCUACAAGGGGCCCUCCAGCCCCUUCAAGGUGGUAUUGGUGUCCUGGGAUGGCGUGGAUAAUCAACUCCUCGCCUACGUUUACUCCUCGAUGACUGACACAUGGGGCAAUCUCAUAUCAGUUGAGGCUCCAGAUAAUACUUAUUUUCAUGGUUGUCGUAGCACCCUUGUUGGCAAUGUCCUUUACUGGCCAGUUAUGAAUGGGAGAGGUACAAUACUUGAGUUUGAUUUGGACAGCCAGAACCUUACCAUGAUCAAGGGGCCUCCUGGUAUGAAUAAUACUGGCAACUUUCAGAUCAUCCAGGCAGAGGAUGGCGCCGUUGGUCUUGCCAUGUUGUCUUGUCAUAACCUUCAAAUGUGGCAGAGGAAGGUCAAUUGUCAAGGUGUUUGCAUAUGGUUGUUGCAGAAAACGGUUUCAUUGCACAAGCUUCUUAAGAUCCCUCCUCGGGGCAAUAAAAGGAUCAAAUGGCAGGACAAAUUUCUGGGCUAUGAAGAGGACAACGAUGUAAUCUUUUUAUAUAGAUAUGAGAGUGUCUAUAUGGUUCAACUCAAGUCAAUGCAAUCCAGGAAAUUUAAUGGAACCCGUUUCAGGGAGUAUAGGGAGUGUUGUUAUCCUUUCACGGGUUUCUUCCCACCAGGCACAACCAUUACUAGUGGAUGUAAAGAAGCUGAAAUGUUAGGAUGACUGCCUGGUUCGAUAUUUUAAUGUGCUGAAAUGGUUCAACAGGUGAAGAAAGGGCUGCUGCAGUAGUUAGUUGUCACUUUGUCACAUCACAUUAAUGUGGUCAGCGGUGUUUAUGUGUUAUCUGAAAAAAAUUACCGUGGCUUUUAGUCUAGCCAAGCUCCUAAUGUAGCAAGGUGCUUUUGAAUAGCUAAUCCAGGGAGUUUGAGCUUCGCAAGUCAGAUUUCAAGAUGUUUUUACUGCAGGGUUGUGCUUGGCUGCUCUUCUCUGGAGCCAAAAGAGUUUUGUGUAGCGUUGAGAGUUUUUGAGAUGUUCUCUUGUUUAAAUGACUGAUGCUGAAGGAACUAGAACCCUGAAACCGAGAUUGUUGCUGUUGGCUUCCGCUACUUGCUGAAACUGUGGUGGUGUUCUUAGUUUCC